AAAAAUGGACCUUAAGUGUUCUUUGGAAGAGUGCUCAGUGGCAUUAAAUUUAUUUCUUAACAACAAGUUUUCAGAAGCUUUGGAAUUACUUCGGCCAUGGUCUAAAGAUAGCAUGUACCAUGCCCUAGGAUAUAGCACCAUAUUAGUUAUUCAAGCAGCAAUGACAUUUGAACAGCAGGAUAUCCAGAUGGGAAUUUCUACAAUGAAAGAAGCUUUACACACUUGCCAAAAGUUUAGAAAAAGAAAUACAGUGGUAGAAUCAUUAUCCAGUUUAGUUUUAAAACAAUCUGUAGAUCAGCUGAAUGAAGAGGAAAUGCAUGCAGAACUCUGUUAUGCUGAAUGUUUACUGCAGAAAGCAGCCUUGACAUUUGUACAGGAUGAAAAUAUGAUCAGUUUCAUCAAAGGUGGCCUUAAAAUCAGGACAAGUUAUCAAAUAUAUAAAGAAUGCCUUCAAAUUCUGAAGAUGACCAGAAGCAGCAAAACCAAGAAUGAAAUAUUCCACCAGUUUGAAGGGGGCGUACAACUAGGAAUAGGAGCUUUCAAUCUGAUGCUGUCCCUUCUACCUGGAAGAAUUCUCCGGCUUCUUGAAUUUAUUGGGUUUUCAGGCAAUAGGGAACGUGGUCUUCAUCAGUUACGGGAAGGGGCUUCUGGCGGUAGUCUGCGGGCCAUAAUGUGUACUUUCACCUUACUGCUAUAUCAUACCUUUGUUUCAUUAAUCCUUGGAACAGGAGAAGCCAAUCUUGUAGAAGCAGAGGCUCUCCUUCAGCCUUACCUUCAGAAGUUCCCAAAGGGUGCCCUCAUUCUGUUUUACGAUGCCAGAAUCAACGUAUUGAAAGGAAAUUUUGAAAAGGCUCAGGUAACCUUCCAGAACUGCAUCGCAGCUCAACAAGAGUGGAGACAGAUCCAUCACCUCUGCUACUGGGAACUGAUGUGGUGUUACUCCUUCCAGCAGAACUGGCUUCAAGCCUAUCGGUAUGCAGAUCUGCUUUGCAAAGAAAGCAGGUGGUCAAAGGCGAUAUAUGUGUUCCAGAAAGCUGCCAUUUUGUGCAUGCUUCCUGAUGCGGAUGUGAAAACAACAGGAGAAGACAUUGUAGCUUUGUUUCGGCAAGUAGAAGGCCUAAAGCAGAGAAUUGCAGGAAAAUCUAUCCCAACUGAAAAGUUUGCUGUGAGGAAAGCACGACGCUAUGGGAGUUCUCCUCCUGUGAAACUAAUAGUGCCUGCUCUGGAAAUGAUGUAUGUCUGGAAUGGUUUUUCAAUUCUUGGCAAGAGAACUGACUUCACUGAGAAUUUGUUAAUAACUAUUGAAAAAGAAGAAACUGUUUUAAAAAACGAAACUCAUCACAAUGAAUAUUACAUGGAUGAUGUAUGUUUGCUACAGCUACUAAAAGGACUGUGUUUGAAGCAUUUAGGAAGACUCUUGCAAGCAGAACUCUGUUUCAGCCAAGUUAUACAAAGUGAGAAACAAUUAAAGUAUGAUACCUACUUAGCUCCAUAUUCAAUGUAUGAGUUGGGUCUUCUGUAUAAACAACAGGACGAAAGAGAAAAAGCUGUAAGUUGUAUAGAAGCUGCAAAAAACAAUUACAAAGAAUAUUCCAUGGAAUCCAGGUUGCAUUUCAGAAUCCAUGCCGCACUUAGCAGUUUGAAAGUGACUCCCACUCCAACACCAUGAUGCCUUCUGAGGUUGAUAUGGAACACGUCUCUACAAGUUAAUGUUUGAAAGCCUACAAAAGUUAUGUAAAUGAUGUAACAAAAAAUGUAGUUUAUAUUUCUAUCAUUUGUGAUAUUUGAAUGUUUGCCUCAUCCUUGUGAAUGCUUCAUUUUCUAUGAUUCACUUCCAUAUCUCAGCCUUGAUAUUUUAGAGGAAGACCUAUUUUAUUUAGAGAAAGAUUAAUUUAAUGCUUGACACAGUAGGAGAGUAUUUAAAAAAUUGCUGGUGCAAUAAAGAGUAAUUCAAACAGUUUAUUUUUUUAGGGAAAUAUUCAUAUUGUUUAUGCAUGAAACUGUAUGAUACAUUUGUAAUAGUUUCAGCAUUUCAUAAAGGCUUGCGUUUCUGCAAUACCUUUAUUAUGUGUUAGGACUAACCAAAAAUUGGCUGCUGGUAGCCCUAGAUGCUGUAUCUGGAUUUGAAGCUUAGAUUUACAUACCAAAGACGGAGUUAUCAUGCUGUAGCCAAAACAAGGCUUCAAGUCAUUUCAUGAAUGUUAGCUUGCAUUCAGUGCAAUAUCCUGACCCACUCUCUAAAGAAAGUUAGGGAAGGACAUUGGGCUUCCUUGGAUAACCUAUGAGGGUUUUUAAAAUAUAGGAAGAAAAUCUUUCUCGGUGAUAAGGGUUAUACCAAAGCAAAAACCGAAUAAUAGAAAUGUUUCAGUUUUUUGUUCCAUUAUAUCUAUUUAAUUCGGCAGUCUUACUGGGAAUGAACUAUACAAAAAUAUGUAACUAAUGUCUUGAAGAUUCUUAUGCCCUUCGCUAACAUUGGAAGUCAACAGGUUUGAUUCCAUAUUCCUCCAUAUAUUGUAGCAAAAUUCUCAAAUUCCAAUAUUACUUAUAAAAUUGGUGUCUGUAAUGUUUAUUUAGCAUAUUACCUUGGUCAGAUUUUUAAAGAUAUUUUGCAGUCACAAGUAAUUAAGUAUUUUUAUUGUCCAUCUCAGUCUCUUAUUAAUAUGCACCUACUUUAUGUUGAAGUAUUUUAUGUCACAGAACCUGCAGGCGAAUGACCAUAUUUGAGGGCUUGUAAAUGUUACCUGUCCAGGUUUAGUGUUUUCCCAUAAGAAUAAAAAUGUGGCUAAUCAAGAAUGUCUAUUUAAUGACCAUAUGUGUCCGUGGCAAAUGUUUAUUGGUUUCAUACCAUAUUGUAUAUUUACAGUAUGUAAAUACUGUAACUGACAUUAGUUUUUUCCUUGUCUUUCUCACUCUAUAUUUAAAUUAUUUUAUUAACUGCUAAAUGAAUGGAAAAGCUGAGUUUUUUUUUAAUUAUCACAACUGUGAAGGACAGACACACAGUCCAUCUUCAUAAGCAGCAUUAUAGGAACACAAGGGUUAGGGUUUUUUUCUAGAUUUCUUAGCCUUAGAUGGGUUUCUAUAUGAAUGGGUUUUCUCCCUAUUAGCCCAUUGAAAUUGACAUUUUGCUUCUUGCUGAAUUUUAUUCUGGAAUGUCUUUUCCUCAUCUAUUCUUGUACUCAGUUUUUGACACCUUCCAGUUUGGAAAAAAGCACACUUUGCAUAUAAUUUUCCUAUAUGCAAAGAAAAGAACUAAUAGUAAAACUAAUUUAUUUGAGCACAUGUGGCUUUUUUGCUUUCAAUCUGUGUAACAUGAUGCAUGUUUAAUGUCUUAUUUCAACUGCUUACAGACAAGUAUAUGUGAUUUCAAAAGAAGUUUAAAUCUCUUGUUUUUUGUUUCUCAUACACCUAGACCAAAGGUAUUCUUCAUAUAUCAUUGCAAACUGGCACUCUUGUGUGUGUUUGUGUCCAGAGUUUCCUAUCCAGAACUCCAUGAAUGUGUCUAGAAUUACAUUCUGUUAGAGGAGAACUUUGUAAAAAAUGUAGUUAUUUCUAGGUUUAAAUAAUUAAAUGUUAAACAUAGGGAUUCAAUUACCAAAUAGGCUCAAAUCAGUUUUACUCCUAGCUAUAAUUACUACAACUGUUCUAUGGUUAUAAUCUCUAUAUUAGCACUGAUUCUUUUAAUGUCAUUUAAUGUUCGCUCAUAUUCUGCAUUGCACUUUUAGUAACAGCUAAUUGUUUCCACUUUCUGAUAGAACCAUUAGGAAUACAGCACAUGUUUUUAGAAAAGAUGUUACAAAAGGAUUUCAUUGGUAUAAAUUAUAAUGGCAAUGGUUCCCAUUUGACUUGCACUUUUACCAAGGUCAGGAAAUAAUAUAGUAAACAGAUUUAGAAAUUUUGCUAAUUGCAGCAAAAUAGUCCAGCUUCUAUCAAAAUAACAGUUCAUGCUCUGGAACUGAUUUUAAUAUUGGACUACUAUGGAUGUAUGCUCUUAAACUGCCUGAUUAAAAAAUCAGUAGUAUUCUGAUUGACUACUAUUUUUCUUGUUUUGAUUGCACUGUACUUUGUAAAGCUGUCAGAAAAUACCUGUUUUAAAAACUGAAUACACUGAAAUAUAAACUAUGUACAUUUACUUGGAAAUAAAGCUAUUUUGGUUAAGUAGAGCUUAGUUUUAAGUAAGUAUACAUAGGAUUUAAUGUGUUGACUGCAGUGUAGCACAAGAGUUACAGUAGUGUAAUUGAGCAAAACUUGAUUAGAAAUGAUAUUUAAUCUUUGGUGUGAGUUUAUCCAAGUUUUGUUAUCUUGCCUUUCUGUGAUAGGCAACAAAAUAAAUAUGUAUUUAAACAA